AUGCCAUCAAUUGGGCCAUUUUCUGUCAAAAUUGAAUCAUGGAUUGAUAAUAAUAGACAACUGAAUUCAGCCAAUCAAAUUAAAACAACACAAAUACAUGUAGGUGAUCGAAAUAUUACUUUUGAACAUGAUUUAAGUAAAUCCGAAAAGUAUGGUCCCCAAACAUUACAUGUAAAAUUAAGUUCAGGGAAUAAUGAAUCAAAUAUUUUUGACAUUAAUUUCAUACGUAGGAAAAAAGUAAUAAUAACAGUAACUGAUAUUUUUCCUUCACAAAACAAAUUGGCAAUAGUUGGAACAACUGAUGAAUCGUUAGAUAAUUGUCAUAUUCAAUUAUCAUUCGAUAAUUCAACAUUCACAAAGAAAGUUCCAAUUUUCUCGAAUUCAUUUGAUUUUGUUUCUGAUAUUCCACAAGAUGCUCGUUUGAAAAUUAAUCCUGUUCGAAUUCAAGUUAUAAAUCAAAAAGGAAGAGUCAUCGGAGAAACAUACAAAUCAAUUAAUACUGAAAACAAAGUAUCUAUCUUGACAAACGAUUGUAACCUUGUUUAUCUUCUUCGACGCAGAUAA